AUGAGGCUCCCCAAAGCUCGAACUAUCACCAACGUUCCCCCCCUCCUAUUUUCAAUGGAGCUAAUCGCCUUCGGCUUCAACGCCCACGGACAACUCUCCCCGUCAACCAAUCCCUCAGAGAUUCCCGAAGACAUCCGUAUCCCGCAGAUAAUUGCUUCAGCAAGUAAUUCGCUAAGGGUACUUUUCACCGGAUGGAGUGAUACUUUACUAGAAAUAGACGGCAGUCUCCACCUCCUCGGCGCCGCCUCCGCCAACACCCAGAUAACCAUUCCAUCAACCCAUCUCUCACCAAUAACCUCAGCCUUCGGCGACCACACAGGUCUAAAAGGCGUGACAACAAUAACACAAGCAAUCCACCUCCUCCAGCACUACGGCACAAAACAAGUCUGCUUCGGUCAGCGGGUCGAAGGAAUAAACGAUACCUCACACAUCGCCAUCGCGGGAAACGGCGUCGUUGCAGCUGUACAGGGAGACGAAGUGCUGGUCUACCGCUCCUUCUCAGCCUUCCUGCUGAAGAAUGCGCGGCAGCGGUGGACGCUCGCAGGGGGUGGUGUGGUAGGGUUGCACGCUAAUGAGGGCGGCUUCGUGGUGUUGACUAGAGAAUGCGGUGGGAGAGUGAUUACGUGGGGCGAUGCACGACACGAGUACUUGGGCAGGGAAACAACGGCCGAAGUACCCGCGGGGGCUCCCGGGAUUGUGGACGCGCUGGAUGGAAUUGCGAUUGCCCGGGUGGGUAGCGGAGGGUGGUGCUCCGCCGCGGUUAGUGUUGAGCGGGAUCUGUAUGUUUGGGGAGGGGCCAGCGGUGAGAUUUUGGCCGGUGAAGGGGAGGUGGAGCUUGCUCAGGAUUUUGAAGUGGUUGACGGGGUUAGCGUUGGUGAUGGGCAUGUUGUUGCUUGGGCCGGCGGAAAAUUAUGGGGCAUUGGCCGGGGGGAGAAUGGACAGCUUGGCAGGGCGGGGGGGAGGUGGAGGGGGGAGUGGAAGGAGAUUGAAGGCGUGUGUAGACAUGGGAAGGUGGUUAGAGAUGUGGUCUGCGGCGGGUGGAGCACAUUGGUUGUUUGCCAAAGACAAGAAAUGUAG